GCGACCUUUGUUAUUGUGCUAUACACCUCAACCAAAUCUCCCGCACGCGCUGCAACAGGUGCCCGAUGAAACAGGAAAAGAUCCUUUUCACUACGCUUUUUACAAGUUUGCAUUUGCAUUUGCUUAGUUAGACUACGCGUUACGACUUCCAACCAUGAUCCACCGCGAGAGACUUGCGCGUAAAAGCGGCUCAUCCAAACCCUCCGCGAAGACUAAAUAAUCGUCAUUACGCGCCGAGCUACCAAUCAAACAUCUUCUCCCUUUUAGCAUUUUUAGAACGAUUUUAAUGGGAUGUGUGUCAGCUAUUUUUGUUCCUGUCUUGUUGUUACCGGUUUGUGAAAGCAGACGAAAAAAGGAAGGAAGAGGAGAGACAUAGCGAGAGACAGAAAGAGGAGGGUGAAACGUCAACUCCUCAUCGAGCCUCGCAUCGUGGUCAGCUGCUGCACUUGUUCUGACUGAGAAGACGCACGAGUAAAGACAAGUAAGUGUGGACCUCACCCGCCUGUUUAGGUCGGAAACCGGGGAGAAAUAGGACGGAGAUUGGAGAAAGAGGAGGAGUGAUGGGAGAGAGGGAGGCUAGAAGUGACGCGACGCCAUGGUUCGGUGGUUCCACAGAGACAUCAGUGGUUUAGAAGCAGAGGAGCUGCUCAAAAACAAAGGCAUCCAUGGAAGUUUUUUGGCCCGACCCAGUAAGAAGGUGACUGGAGACUUCUCCCUCUCCGUCAGGGUGGGCGAGGUUGUGACACACAUUCGGAUCCAGAACACGGGGGAUUUCUACGACCUGUACGGCGGGGAGAAGUUCGCCACUCUGUCCGAGCUGGUGGAGUAUUACACAGCCGAUAAUGGGAUCCUGCAGGACAAGGACGGGACCAUCAUCGAACUCAAGUACCCCCUGAACUGCUCCGACCCCACCACCGAGAGGUGGUACCACGGGCACCUGUCGGGUCCGAACGCGGAGAAGCUGCUGAGCUCACGGGACGAGCCGGGCACAUUCCUGGUGAGAGAGUCUCUGUCCAAACCUGGAGACUUUGUCCUGUCUGUGCUCACGGACGAGAUCGGCAAGAACGGAGCCAAGAGAGUGUCCCACAUCAAGAUCAUGUGCCAGAAUGACAGGUACACAGUGGGAGGAUCGGAGAUGUUUGACACACUCACUGACCUGGUGGAGUUCUACAAGCGCAAAGGCAUCGAGGAGGUCUCCGGCACCUGGGUCUACCUCAAACAGCCUUACUACUCGACCCGUGUGAACGCCGCAAACAUUGACAGUCGUGUGAAACAGUUGGAUGAGACGGCUCAGUCCCAGCAGGAUGAGGGGGAGAAGACUAAAGCCGGCUUCUGGGAGGAGUUUGAUACGUUGCAAAAGUUGGAGGCAAAGGUGAAGAAGAGCCGAGAGGAGGGACAGCGGCCUGAAAACAAGAGCAAAAACAGAUACAAAAACAUCCUCCCCUUCAACGACACAAGGGUCAUCCUGCAGAACGGCGAUCCCAAUGUGGUCGGCUCAGACUACAUCAACGCUAACUACGUCAAAAACACCAUGAGAGAACCCGGGGAGCAGAAAGUCUACAUCGCCACACAGGGCUGCCUCGCCACGACCGUGAAUGACUUUUGGCAGAUGGUUUGGCAGGAAAACUCAAGGGUCAUCGUCAUGACAACCAGAGAGGUCGAGAAGGGUCGGAAUAAAUGUGUUCCAUACUGGCCGGAGUUCGACGCCACGAAGGAGGUGGGCCCGUACAUCGUCACCAACGUGUCCGAAAGAGAAGCCACAGACUACAAAGAGAGAGUGUUGGAGAUCGCAGAAGCAGAAAGGCCCAAAAAGACGAGAAAGAUCUGGCACUUCCAGUACAUGAGCUGGCCCGACCACGGAGUCCCACAGGAGCCUGGAGGUGUACUCAGCUUUUUGGAGCAAGUGAACGCUAAACAAUAUGAGGACCCCACCGCCGGGCCCAUGAUCAUCCACUGCAGUGCUGGAAUCGGCCGAACAGGGACCAUUGUGGUGAUCGACAUGAUCAUCGAUACCAUCACUACAAUAGGUCUGGACUGUGACCUUGACAUUUCUAAAAUCAUUCAGAUGGUGAGAGAGCAGAGGUCUGGUAUGGUCCAGACUGAAGCUCAGUAUAAGUUCAUUUACCUGGCAGUGUCCGAGUACAUCCAGACCACAAAGGUCAAGGACAUCGCCUCCAUGGAAACUGAGACAGAGUACGGUAAUCUGCAGCUGAAGCACCAACCGGCCUCCAAGAAGGUCUCCAAAAAUAAGGAAGACCUUUACCAAAAUCUGUCCAAAGGAAAGAAAGACGCCAAGAAGUCAAAGGACAAGAAGACCGGCUCUGUGAAGAAAAAAUAGUUUAUUUUUCAUAUACAUAUUUAUGUCGAUAUAGUUUUAUCUUAUAAUGUUAAAAAGUGACCAAAAUAAUUUGUUAUAUCAAAUUGUUUUAUUCUUGCUGAUAAAUUAAUACAAAAAUAA